AUGAAAGUGGCAGAAAGAUCUACCAUUUUGAGAAGAAACCACCCAGGAACCUCAGCAAAAGAUUUCUGUCAUUGGCCAGAUGAAGCUUUUGAAGAAAUGGACAGUACCCUAGCAGUACAACAAUAUAUCCAACAGCUUAUCCGUAAAGAUCCAACCAACAUUGACCUAAUCUUAACCAUACCAGAAAGUCACGACGAAGGUGUUUGGAAAUAUGAGCAUUUAAGGCAAUUUUGCUUGGAACUGAAUAACUUGGCAGUAAAACUACAAGGUGAAUGUUAUCCAGAUAGUUGCACACAAAUGACUGCCACUGAACAAUGGAUAUUCCUUUGUGCAGCCCAUAAAACUCCAAAAGAAUGUGCUGCCAUUGAUUAUAGUAGACACACUUUGGAUGGGGCAGCUUGUUUGUUGAAUAGUAACAAGUAUUUCCCUAGCCGAGUCAGUAUUAAGGAAUCAUCUGUGGCCAAAUUGGGUUCGGUUUGUAGAAGAGUCUACAGAAUUUUUUCACAUGCCUACUUUCAUCACAGGCAAAUAUUCGAUGAAUUUGAAACAGAAACUUGCUUGUGUAAAAGAUUUACUCAAUUUGUUCUCAAAUAUAAUCUGAUGUCCAAGGAUAAUUUGAUUGUGCCUAUUUUGGAGGAGGAAGAAGGUGCCACUGGUGAAUCGGAAGCCUAA